AUGAAGUUCUACUGCACGGAUUGCUUGCUCAAGUAAGUGAUAUUCGCCUUGAAAAUUUAUUGAAAGCUUUCGCGAUGGGAAUGAAUAACCUUUGUCGUUAUUUUGGCAUUUUUAGAUUUAACUGGAAUCAAGUAACAAGCGCUUUUUGGACACGAUAUCCAAACCCGUUCAGUCGACACGUGCUGUCUGAGGACAUCGUAAGCAGGUGGAUAUCUCUUCGUAUUUUCCGUCAGCUUAUUGUUACUUUUUGUUACACGUGAAGGAUAUCUUAUUUCUGGAAUCAUUUAUGUUUUUGUUCUGGUUAAAUCUUGGCACUUUUUAGUAGUAGAAACAGCAUCGUGACCUACCACAUGCAGCCUUGUGAUCUAGUACAUUGGUGACGUCAAUUAACAUUCAACGCGUUUAGAUUACCCUGCCUAAUUUGUUUUUUUUCGGCUCAUCCUCGGGUAACUCAAUAGAUGAGCAUAUGUUUUACUUUCCCAUGAUACAGUCUUUUGCAGUAUUCUUGAAACAAUCGGCUUUAAAUGCGUGUCUUUGCUAAGGAUCGAGUUGGUCAAAAUUGUACUUUUUUUCUCCUCGAUAUUGGUACUGUAAUCUUUUUUGUCAUUCAAACCUGAGCUUACAGGUACAAUGCUUGUUGCUGUUUGUUUCUCAGGGUAUCAAUAUUUUUUCACUUUUCUUGAACACGAUAGUUGUGGAAAAAUGAUAUGUUCUUACACCUUUUUAUAUGAGGCAAAUCAUUGCAGAGUUUUCUAAUUGGAAACCAUUUUGUUUCUGUCAACUCACAAGAAACCAAGUUGAAUGGGGAUUAUUGAAUUAUAAAUUUUACAAUACAACUGGCAUUACUGUAUAUUUUGCAUUUUGCAAACAUUCAGAUUUGAUGCCCUUAACAAGGAACAGGCCAGGAGUUUUAUAAUGUUGUUCAUCAGGCUUCAAAGUCACAGAAUUCAAGUUUGGGUCAUGGAAAGGCAUGGGAAAUAUUAAAUAAAAACUAGUUCAAUUUUUAAGACAAAAAGCAAAUAGAUUGUCUAAAAAUAUUAUUUUUUAAUUUUAUUAUAGCAUUUUGAGUUGUAAAGCAUGAAGAAAUGCAUUAAAGGUUUUUCAAGGCUCAAAAUGAGAGCAUGAGCUGAAUAUUUACAAAUUUAACCCUUUACACCCUAACAUCAGUAUGCAUAUUCUCCAUACUUUCUCUAUACAUUUCUUAAGAUUCUGAAAAGGAGAAUUUGUGUAACAAUCAAGAGCUUCUUAAGCUGUUGAUCAUUUCCCUUAUUCUCAUGACCUUAAUGCUUUAUUUAGGGAUGAUAUUGUAAGGAGAAAUAAGAUGCCAGUCACUUUAAAGGGUUAAGUAAAGUAGAGUAAAAUCUGAAAUCAAUAGUCCUUCCUUUCUGACUAUUUUCUGAAGUUAUUUUUGUGGUUAUUUGUUAUUUUCAGAUCAGUAGAAGGAAACAAGCUAGUUACUAAAAAACUAAUCACAAAGACAAACAGUCUACCAAGAUGGGCAGAGAGAGUAAGAAACAUUUUUUACUUCACUUUGGUGACAAAAUUUUCAAUUAUGGGUUAUGCAAUAACUCAAGAUAUAUGAACAGCAAAAAACAUAGUUCAGUAUUGUUCAUAACUGCAAAUACACACUUUAGAUGCAAUCCUUGCAGUUUUGAAUAAUACUAAACUUUUUGAAAUAAGGCCUGAAGAAAAAUUCAAGCCUGUGCAGGAUUUGAACCCAUGACCUCUGUGAUACUGGUGCAGUGCUCUACCAACUGAGCUAACAAGCCAAAUGGGAGCUGGUCAUUAUGUUGGAUCCAAAUAAACCUUUCACAUGGCGAAUAAUGACUGGAAAUAUGAAAAUCAUGUAUGUGCUUAUUUUAACCACUAGUUCAGUAGUUUUCAUAACUGUGAGGAUUGCUUCUAUAUUCUAUAUUCCAUUCUAUAUUAUAUAAAUCUAAUUAAUUAUUUUCUUUAUUCUCAUUACUUGUCUGCUUGAUAUCAUAUUUACAGUGUAAGGAGAAAUUCUGUUCAGGUCAUCAGUGGGACUUAAAGGGUUAAAUAUCAGCUAGACUCUGCAAUUGAUAAUAACUCUAAGUUGUGAGACAAAUGAUUAAACAUUUACUUAUUGGUUCAGUGUUAUCAUAACGAUGAUGGAACUAGAUUAAGAUACACCAAUUAUGCUCAUUUUUAAAAAUUGCUUUGCAAGCAGAGUUUGAAUGGAAUCAAUCUUCAUCAUUUUUUCCCUUGCUUUGCUUUUUAGUUUGUAAAUUCCAGGGUAGCAUGUAUUGUGGAGGAAUCUGUUGUUGACCCAGGGGCCAAAACUCUCACAACAUAUACAAGAAAUAUCACAUUUACAAGACUUAUGGUGGUAGAAGAAAAGUGUGUUUAUUCAGUACAUCCCAACAACAAAGAAUGGUGAGAAUCAAAUGAUAAUGCUUUUAUUCUGUUCUAAUUGUUAGUGGUCUGGGUAAGGGGAAUUAUUAUAUAUGUCCUGAAGAGAACUGAUGUAAGAGCAGUAACUUAUGUUGCCAUAACAGGAGGGAAAAUCAAAAACCCUUUCACUCCCAUGAUCUCAGUACUAAUUCUCCUUACUAUCUGUCAUAGAAAGUUGUUUGUUAGUUUGAAGAAUUUGGUAUUGGAUCAACUAACAAUCCCCUAAUUUAUUGGGGGAUUGUCUUUAUUCUCAUCACUUGUCUGCUUAAUAUUAUAUUGAUAUUGUAAGGAGAAAUUCUGUCUUGGUCACCCACAGGAGUUAAAGGUUGACAGAGAACUAACUACAGGAGUGUAAAUUUUCAAUUCAAUAAUACGCUGGCUUUGAUACUAAAAAAAAUUGAAAUUCUAAUUAAUGAGUUAAGAUUAGUAUUUAAAGUUUUAACCUUUUUUUUUUAUUAAGGACAAUGUGCAAGAAAGAAUCUUGGAUAUCGUGUGGUAUUUUUGGUUUUGCAAGACCAGUUGAAAGAUUUGGAGUUGAAAGAUAUAAAUCAAAUUCAUCUAAGGUAUGUUGUUUGAUUACCACUCCUGUUACAGUUAACUGUAUUUCUUGUCACAAAAAAGAUAAACACGUUAACUUAAGUGUAUUGGAUGGAACAUAACAGGGUUUAUCAUGUGACACUUAUAGUACAUGGUAAAGAAAAAGCUCUAGGGCCUAUGAGAUGAGCUGUAGGGCUGAUGGCUCUUGUUCAUGAGGCACUGACCUCUCUGCACUCAGUCCAUAUGUCAUGAUCAUGAGCCAAAUAUUUUCCUGCCCAGCCCCUCCCACUCAGUCAAUAAGUUUGUACUAUUAUACAGCAUUGCAAAAAACACUUUUUUAUGAAUUUUUUUUAUUACUUUUUUUAUUAGGCUCUAAAAGGGCUGAAUCAUGUGCUGGAGAAGCUGUAUAUUCCUGAAAGACCUUCAAGGCCACUCUCAAUCCCUGUGCCACAGAUGAGUUGAUAUGUCAGGUCAUCCUUCCUUCAAAUUAUGAUAUUUUGAAUCCAAAAUGUAGGAACAGGAAGUUUAUACUUUGUAAAUUUAUAACUUGUCAUACAGAUGGGGCUGCUUCAUUUCUUUACUGAUGCAGCAUAAACUAGACACUGCCUACAAGGGGCAUGAAAUUUUUAUUUCUGCUGCAAUGAGUGUUUUUUUUCACUUUUUUGUGAAGAUCAGCUCGGAAAAAAUAUAUGUAUAUAUAAUUAUUAUAUAAAAAAGCAUUCAAAUAAAAACAAAAACAGGCAAUAUGGAGAACAGCAAGUUGCUGUGAGAAUUUUGGAAGCGAUUGCCUCCACACUCACUUGUUUGUCUUGGUUAAUAUUGGUUCAUUUUAUGAAGGGAUUGUCAUCAUAGAGGAAAGCAAUAAGGUGGAUAGGUAAUGUGCAGACUAUCUUCUCUCCACGCAACAACCAUUCAAUCCCCAUGCCAUGUAGAAAACAAUUUGGCAACUAAAAUUCCAUAUUGGGGUGUCAUUUUUUUAGAUUUUAGGUUGACAAAUGGUGACUUUGGAAAGAAGUGAACUUUGGGCCCUUGUUGAAAAUGUGAAAAAGCUGUACCAUGCUUCCCUAUUAACUCAGAAUUUAUUCACCUGAUUUUAAUGAUUUUACUACAAUGCUUCAGGUAACUCCCACUCACAACUCUCAGCUCAUUCAAAGGAAACACACACUCAAUGUCCCAUUAUAAGGAUGUGGAACGGUGCCAUAUAUGGGGCGAUAAAAUAUAUGUGGCAUACAUGUUUGUUUGGUUAUGUAUAAAAUAAACAAAAUCACUUAUAAAUGUCAAUCAAAUUAAAAAUAAUUAAUGCAUCAUACAGUGUCCAACACCCUUAAUGACAAAUGUUGUUUCAAACAUUUUAAUGUAGACUUGAAUUUGAGUUCCUUUUUUUUCUUUUUUAUUAUCGGAGGAUCGUACAGGGAAAACCAGUUUACAUGAUGUGUUAAUUAAACUAUGGGGAAUUUGUACAAGUUAAACUCCAGGGUAAUAGAGUGUCAAGGAAGGCAAUGAUUUCCAUAUUUCUCAGAAACUUGGUUUGAAAUAUUUUCAUUUUUU